AUGGAUGACCUCUUGAGAAGACAGAAUCGUGCGGGUCUGACUGAUGCUCUGUUUCUCAACACAUGCUCUGAGCAUGCUGCUGCGAGUCCAAGAUAUGAAGAGAUUUGUGUGAAACAGAUUUCAAUCAUGAUUUUCAUAACUGGCAUGGCCAGUCACUCAAAUGCUUCAGAUUCAAACUCAAACUCAAACCCUCCUCCACUCCCUAACAUGCCUCCGCACGUCGCAUUCACUCUAUUUGAUGCAGCUGGAGAAGAACAUGAACUGAUAUUGCCAUCAGGGUAUCAUUUUGUGCCGAAGGAUGAUGAUCUGAUUUUGUUCUACCUCCACAACAAGAUCAUUGAUCAAAAAGAUUACCUGACUGUCAUGACAGAGAUGGAUCUGUAUAAUCAUGACCCUGAUCAAAUCCCAAAUGAUGAGUUCAAGUAUGGCCAAAUGAACGAUGAAGCAUACUAUUUCACAGAAAUAGAUGAAGAAUACUUAACCAAGUCGUCACAAAGCCGAGCCACAAACAACGGUGUCUGGAAAAAGAUCGAAGAGGACGAAGAUAUUGUUCACAAUGAUGAAGUGAUUGGAUUCAAGAAAAUUCUGGCUUUUUAUUGGAGAGGAAAUGUUGAACCAACAGAUUGGAGUAUGCAUGAGUAUAGAGUCAAUCCUGCAUCGUCUCAGUUCGAAUUGCUCGAUGAAAAUGCUAGGGAAAAGAUGAAAAGGUAUGUAUUAUGCAAAAUUAAGAAGGUGACUGAUGAGCCCAAUUGA